GCCAAAAAGAGCAAAGGAAAGAGGAGCUGAGUCUCUCCGAGAGCACAGGGACAAACCACCAGUGGGGACAGAUAGAGGUUGGGCACAUCUGUAAAACUCCAUAUCAGUUAAUAGGAAAGAAGAUGUCACUGAUAGAGGCAGAACAUACACUGGCGGUCAAUGGCACGAGCUUGGCUUGGGUGGAUAACUGUGUACGUGAGACAUCCCUGGAAAACGCCCUUCUUUCCUUGUGCUACUUCCUGGGCCUGAUGGUGGGGGGCCUGGGGAACAUUCUGGCCCUCUCACUCUUCAUCCAAAAUCGACAGCAGCGAUCUCCCUCUGACAUCUUCCUCCUCCACCUUGCCAUUUCAGAUCUUUUUCUGCUCCUCAGCCUCCCUACCAGGCUCUUCUAUCACCUCUCGAACAACAGCUGGCCUUUUGGAGCAUUGCCCUGCAGACUCUCUGGCUUUGUUUUCUACCUGAAUAUGUACGCCAGCCUUUAUUUCCUGGCAGGGAUAAGCAUUGACAGGUAUCUGGCCAUUGUGCACCCACUGAACUCUGUUAAGAUUCGACGGCCUCUUCAUGCCCAUGUGACUUGUGGCUUUCUUUGGGUAAUUGUUGCUUUCGCCACAGCCCCUCUCCUGAUUGGCCAUGAGCAUGCAACCAAUGAUAGAGCUUGCCGCCUUUUGUAUCGUGAAACCCCAUCUUUGAGAGCAUUGUCCUCACUUAGUGCUGCCUUUGCUGUCCCUUUCUUGGGUACAGUCACUUGUUAUGGGCUCAUUCUGAAGCGCCUGAGGAGUGGGGGUGACAGAAAGCCUAAAGAGCGGGCAGUAAAGAUGGUUCUUUUGGUUCUUACAAUAUUCCUCAUCUGUUUUGUGCCAUACCACCUUAGCCGGGCUCUCUAUCAUGUGCUGAUGCCGGGAGGUGAGGCUCAAGCUCCUAUGUCAUCUUGCAGUUUGAGGCAAGGACUGGCACUGGCCAAUCGCUUCACCUCCUGCCUCAGCACAUUGAACGCUGCUCUAGAUCCUUUAGUUUAUUUCUUUGCUGUCAAGAAAUUCCGAGAAGCUCUGCCCUGCAGGAGCAAGGUCCCUGAUGCCGUUAAGAACAGAGAGGGAAAGACAGAGGACAGUUCCCUGAGUGCAAAGACAGAAGUGUGACCUUCAAUGGAGAGACGGACAAUGGAGAGACAGUAGAAAUGCAGAGACAGGGUGGAGAUUGGGACUUUGCGUAGCAGAGACAAAUUGGAUUUAUACUGCCCAACCCAAUGAUUUAAACCAUAUAAUUAAAAUAAAGUAGAAGACUUAGGAUUUACCUGCUGAAAGAAGACAAAGAAGUAAUCAAGGCAGAUGAAUAAUCUUUGUGUGUGUAUAUAUCUUUAUCUACAAAGAACACCUCUAGUUUAGAGCAGUAUUAAAUAUAUGAUUAUAUAAAUAAUAGGGAUGUGCCAAAUCCAUCAUUUCUGGACAUGGCCAAAUCCAAAAGAAAAUCCUGGAAUCAGUGCAUGCCUAUUGAAUAAGACUAUGAGCAAUGUAGAAAAACAUAAACACAUUAAAGUCCUAGAAGAAGAAAGUAGACUGGUGGAGAGUGGUACGUAGCAUUAGAAUGGGAUAGAAGGAAGUAGAACUUCAGCUGAAGAUGGUGACGUGUCCCCUACAUAUUAGAGCAGUGAAAUUAAAGAGAACUGUAUUUAGGUUGGAAGUAGGAAAGGUUUAUGAAGAAAGAGUGGUGAGUAGGAAACCACUAGAUGGUUUUAUACAAUGGGAUGGAGAAGGAUUGACAGUGAGCUCCCAUGUCCUAAAAAUGUUUUUCUGCAGUUCCCUGCGGUUGGUGUAAUUUCGGGGCUUCUCAGGUGAGUGCUUUCCAGUCACCAUUAGUCUCAGGUCAGUAGGGCGGGUUAGAGCAAUAGGCCAGUAAGGUUUUCCAGGACAAAAUAAAGUUCAUAUUGUAAGGUUUUAGAGUUAUAGUGAAAUUAUGGUGGAAUGAUUUACAGCAGGGCUGUCCAGUUAGAGACUAGAUGGCCCAAAGCCACUCAUAAGCUCACCUGACCUCUACGGAUAACAUAAUCAUUUAUCAUAGUCUGGCCGCAGAACAUUGUAGCCCACUAUAUGGAAUCAGGAGAUUAUAGGGAACGUCAUGGAGUCAACACACACACACUUCAAAAAUGGGGGCACAUACACUGGCUGACAUCAACUUGAUACAUGAACCCGCAGAUUUAGCAAUGGAUCCGCUGGCCACAGUUCUCACCUCUUAUUUUCAUAAUGAGAAUUUAGGAAGGCUUAACUGCCUGUAGUCACAUCAUGAACCAGAAACUAAAUUGCAUGGAAGUAGAGAGCUGUGUAGUAGCACUCAUGUCAUAGUAGUAUUCUGCUAAACAGUGUAUUAUAAUGCAAUCCUUUUCCUUAUGUGAUUCUGUGUUUUAUUAUUAUAUUAGCACAAUGGCCGUAGUCCAACUAUCUUGAGGUUGGCCAAUUAAAAGUAAAGAAGGGAGACUUAAUGGACAUUAUUGCUUGUAAUCUCUUGUGGCCCUGUUCAUCUGAUUUACUCUAAUUCCUCCUCUACUAAAUGUAGUUAAGUUGGGAACGCUCCAUAGCAACUUUGAUUGCAAUGUACUUACCCUUCUGACCAAACCCCUGAUGCUUACAAUCACAUAAAUAUCCAAAGCACCAAUGAACCGCACUCACAGGUCUUUUAUAAACAAAAAGUAGUGUCAUUUUA